AUGGAUUCCUCUGGAAUGAAUGAUCAACAAACACCUGAUCGCGUAUCGGCUUCGCAGCUUCUCCAGUCUCUUUCCAUGGACUCCAUUAAUAUUGAUAUCUCAGAGGCUAUACUGAUCAUCAGAUAUAUUGUUCCCUUACUGCAGCCUCUGUUUGACAACGACGGCCUAAACAUCCGACUCGAUUUCACGGCCACUAAGCUUGCUGAAAAGUGCAAGCGAUCGCCUAACUUCAACGGAUGCCCAGAUUGCAUCAUCACGCGCUUCCCCUAUCAAACAGAUGACGGCAUCAAUAUUGGCUACGAUGAAGUGAAAAAAAUACUGUGGCAAGCAGCCAUGACUUGGUGAACUGGGACCUGGUUCGCCUUGCGUUCUUCGGCAAUAGUGUCAUUGAUGACAAUCAUCUUGGUGGUAAUAUCAGUAUUCACAUUGUCGAUAGGUUUGUGAGCAUAUGCCCA